AUGUCUUCCAUACAUACAAAAUUCUUGCAUCUUCAUCGACUUCUUCAUUUACUCGUUCAUCCUAUAAUGAUCGUCCUCAAUUUUUUACUUGAACGUUAUGAUUAUAGAUUAACUUCAAUAUCUGUUUUAUGUGAUGUUGCUUUACUUAUAUUUGAUUAUCAAUUAAAUUUAUUAAGACAAAUUGAAGUAACUGGAUUUAAAGUAAGUACAGAUCAUUUUGGUGGUUGGUUAAUUGCUGAUUAUAAUGCAUCAUGUAUAUGGCAAAUAAGACGAAAUGAAUAUUUAAAACCUCAUAAAAUUUUAAAUGUUGAACGACCAUGGUCUGUUAUACUUGAUCGAAGUAUAUGGACAUUAGUUACAUUAAGUGAAACACAAAAUCGUACUAAAUACUUACUAUCAUUUUUACACUAA